AUGUCCUUUUCUCCAGCUCCCCAAACUACGUUCUGCGCCCUCUGCGCCCUUCCCUGUCUCUGUCUCCCAGACUCCCCCUCCGCCCCGACCCCGUCUUGGCUCCACACCCACACGUCCCUCCGGCUAUCUUUCGGCCCCAUCCCCCCUCCGCCUCCCUCUCCGCCACCUCCGCAGCAUGGCCAGUCGACCUGGACACCCACCUGGAAUCGUCCCCCUGCCUACCCCGCCUACUCCCCUUCGGCCCCCGCAGACGCACACCGCAGUAUCACCCUACACACCUACUGCCUCUCCGCAGCGCUGAGGCUCGAGCGCUCAGAGCACGGUAAGAGUAUGCUCCAAGCGUGGAGUCUACCCAAGUGGACGGGAUGGAUGGAGUGGGGUCGGCCAGGCGAGUUUUCGGCGUGGAGGGUGGGAGGUGUCUCGCCGAGUGCGUGCGAGGGGCAGGGAGGGGGGUACGGGAGGUGGGAAGUGGAGCGAUGGGCGAACGGUCAGAGACAUUAUCUGCCUAUGGAUCUCAUCUCGCCCGCUGAUAUCCCGCCGCCAGUCCCCAGUCCUACUAAUCCCCACCGCCCUCGUCGACUCCACCGGCUGUCCACCCUCCCACCGCACAUUCUCCUACAGAUCGCUGACCACCUCCUCGACUCCCCUCCAGCCCUUCCCGAUCCUUCCCCUCCUUCUCAGCGCACCACGCCUCCCCCCGUGCCUUCCACCCAGACCCGCGCGCCCCACCCAGACCUCCAAGCGCUCCUCAAUACGUCCUCAGAUCUGCGAUACAUUGAUUUCCCACAUUCAUUCUGGGCCAAACUGGUCAGGUGUCAGGUGGAUCAGUACAAGCAUCAGCUGUUGCAUCGGUAUACCGCCUCUCCGACACGUGCGAUCUCGUCCGAGAGGCUCGAGGCGGUGUUGGAGGAGGAGUUCAGUCGACCUGUCGAGGAAGCGCUCGAGGCUGCCUUGAGUCUGGCCGCGACGUCGGACACGAUGGAGGGCGCCGAUCAUGAUGCUCAUGUCGGGCUCGGGCUCGAAUCAGGGCUCGAGCUCGGCGUGGCCAAACCCAUAGUUACCGCGCGGGAGGUAUAUUCCUGGUGGGCCUUCUCCCCGGCUUGGCGAUCGAGACGAAGGGUCUGGCGGUGUGUCGUAUACGGCUGCGCUCAGGCGAGGGAUGCGGAUUGGUUGUAG